UAUACACUACAUAGCAAUUGUUGUUACAGUUUAUUUCCAUUAAGGAUCAAUGACCAACAUGAAGGUUGCAUGCAUGGCUAUAGUUAUGUGCAUGAUGGUGGUGAGUACGACUCAAGCUCCUGUACGACCUAUAUGUGAUCUGGUGAAAAUAACCCUAGCUGAUUGCUUGGAUUACCUAACAGGUGGUGUGAAAGAUCCAUCCUCAUUGUGUUGUGAUGGAGUGAAAGAAUUAAGUACUAGAGCCAAUACCACUGCUAUUCGCCAAAAAGCAUGCAAUCGCGCCAAAGAUAUAGCUAUGCAUACUUCGAAUUUUAACAACCUCCGUGGGUCUGGACUUGGACUUAGAUGCAGUACCCUGCUCCCAUUUCCGAUUUCCUCCAACGCUGAUUGUACCCGCGUGCGUUAGAGUUGAAGAGGAAGUUGUUGAUGCAGCCUUAUGCAAAUUACAAAUAAAUGUUAUGUUGAAUAAAAUAAAGAGUGGGGAAAGCUGAGCUUACAUACUUCUCCUCUUAUUUAUGUAUUAACUAAAUAAUACAAAUCUUUCACAUAUAUGUACCAUAUGUAUCAUGUAUGGAUUUGAUGGUCUCCUUGAAUGAGUUAUAUAAUAUGCUAUUUUAUU